CGGGCGCCGGGGCGCUUACGCAGGCCGGCCCGGCAGCGCCGCUACGGGAGCGCAGCCUGGGCUCAGGCGCCUCCUGGGGAAUCUGCAGCAGCCGGGCCCUUCCCGCGAGUGCGCCAAGCGCCGUUGCUUUCUAGGGAAAAUGACUUCCGAAAGCAGCUCCUUCGUGAAAGGACUGGUGCUAGGAGGAGUCUUCUGCGUGCUGGUCACGCUCCUGGGACACGUUAAGCUGGGCCAUGGGACUAAGGCACGUCACCACGAGCACCAUCACAUUCAAGCUCCCAACAAAGAAGACGUCUUAAACCUUUCAGAAGGUGAGCGCAUGGAGCUUAGCCAAAGUAUCAGCGUUUACUGUAUCAUCCUGGUGAGACCCAAGGAUCUCGGGCACUGGGCUGCCGUGAAGGAGACGUGGAGCAAACACUGUGACAAGGCGGAGUUCUACAGCUCUGAGAAGGUUAAAGUAUUUGAUUCAGUAGCCCUCAACACAAAUGAUAUGUGGAUGAUGAUGAGAAAAGCUUACAAAAUAACUUACGAACGUUAUAAAAAUGAAUUCAACUGGUUCUUUCUUGCACAUCCAACAACAUUUGCCAUUAUUGAAAAUCUUAAGUAUUUCUUGCUGAAAAAAGACCCCUCACAGCCUUUUUAUAUAGGUCAUACUGUGAAAUCUGGUGACCUUGAGUAUGUAGAUGGUGAUGGAGGAAUAGUCUUAAGCAUCGAAUCACUACGACGGCUUUCCACUGUUAUUGAAGACUCCGACAAGUGUCCGGAGCAGGGAGGUAUGAUCUGGAAACUUUCUGAGGAUAAACAGCUAGCAGUCUGCCUGAAGUAUACUGGAGUGUUUGCUGAAAACGCAGAGGACUCGGAAGGAAAAGAUGUCUUUAACACCAAAUCAGUCAGCACUCUUAUUAAAGAAGCGAUGUCUAGUCACCCUCAACAAGUGGUGGAAGGCUGCUGCUCAGACAUGGCCAUCACCUUCAGCGGACUGGCCCCAAACCACAUGCACGUAAUGAUGUAUGGUGUUUACAGGCUGAGACCAUAUGGACACACUUACAAUGAUGCACUUGUCUUCUUACCACCUGCAGGCUCAGACAAUGACUGAUGUCUCUUUGAAGAAGGCAUGUAACCAUGAAGUCAGCCCUUCUGGUGACGUGUGUCUGUACAGACAGAUUCCAUUUUUGUAUCUGAUGGUACUGGUAACAUUUUUGCACAAUAAGGUUUGGUAAUGCUUUUAAUUUUAAAAGUGGAAAGAACUUUUUUCUAGAACUUUUAUACAGAAAUGUUUCUGGCUUUUGACAGUGCUGCAAUGGAACGAUAAAAGGAGUUGUUCAUGUUUGUGAUAAAGGAAAUUAAAUUUAUAUGGGGUGUUUGUAUAUGUAAAUAUUUAUUAAUGAAAAUUCAAGUGAACUUUAAAUCUGUUACAAAUAUUUUUGCAAUAUUUUGAUUCUUUGAAUUCUUUCAGGCAUUUCU